GGAGAAGCCCACAGUAUGGGUCUUCAGGUGUUUGUACCUUUUUGUCAUUGGAAUUGGUUGCUAUUGCUAGUGGCCUUCAACUUUUCUGAAGCAACUUCUGAUUUGAACAAAUCCACAAGUUCCACUGAUAUUCAGUUUGCUGUUAUGAGCUCAGAGCUAGAUGAGAAGAUAACUGUUUUUGUACUGGAUUAUGACAACGUGCAAAUUCCUUAUGAAGUCACCCUCUGGAUACUUUUAGCAUCCCUUGCAAAAAUAGGCUUCCACCUUUACCACAGACUGCCAGGUCUCAUGCCAGAAAGCUGUCUUCUCAUCAUUGUUGGGGCUCUGGUGGGUGCCAUCAUUUUUGGCACCAACCACAAAUCACCUCCGGUCAUGGAUUCGAGCAUCUAUUUUUUGUAUCUCCUUCCGCCCAUUGUCCUGGAAGGCGGUUACUUCCUGCCCACCCGGCCCUUCUUUGAGAACAUCGGCUCCAUCCUCUGGUGGGCGGGCCUGGGUGCAUUGAUCAAUGCCUUCGGCAUUGGCCUUUCCCUCUACCUCAUCUGCCAGAUCAAGGCCUUCGGCCUCAGUGACAUCAACCUGCUUCAGAACCUGCUAUUUGGUAGCCUGAUCUCGGCAGUGGAUCCCGUGGCUGUGCUCGCUGUGUUUGAGGAGGCACGAGUGAAUGAGGCACUGUACAUGAUGAUCUUCGGGGAGGCUCUUCUCAAUGACGGCAUUAGUGUGGUUUUAUACAAUAUAUUAAUUGCCUUCACAAAGAUGCAUACAUUUGAAAACAUAGAGACUGUUGACAUUUUGGCUGGAUGUGCCCGAUUCAUUAUUGUGGGCGUUGGGGGAGUAUUUUUUGGCAUUAUUUUUGGAUUCAUUUCUGCAUUUAUCACACGUUUCACUCAGAAUAUCUCUGCAAUUGAGCCGCUCAUCGUCUUCAUGUUCAGCUAUUUGUCUUACUUAGCUGCUGAGACCCUCUACCUCUCUGGCAUUCUGGCAAUCACGGCCUGUGCAAUGACAAUGAAAAAGUAUGUAGAAGAAAACAUUUCCCAGACAUCCUACACGACUAUCAAGUAUUUCAUGAAGAUGCUGAGCAGUGUCAGCGAGACGCUGAUUUUCAUUUUCAUGGGUGUGUCCACAGUUGGGAAGAACCACGAGUGGAACUGGGCUUUUGUUUGCUUCACGCUGGCCUUUUGCCAGAUCUGGAGAGCUAUCAGUGUAUUUGUUCUCUUCUAUGUCAGUAACCAGUUUCGGACUUUCCCAUUCUCCAUCAAGGACCAGUGUAUAGUUUUCUACAGUGGCGUUCGAGGAGCUGGAAGUUUUUCACUUGCGUUUUUGCUUCCUCUGUCUCUUUUUCCUAGGAAGAAAAUGUUUAUCACAGCUACUCUAGUAGUUAUAUAUUUUACUGUAUUUAUUCAGGGAAUCACCAUUGGCCCUCUGGUCAGGUACCUGGAUGUUAAAAAAACCAAUAAAAAAGAAUCCAUCAAUGAAGAGCUUCACAUUCGUCUGAUGGAUCACCUGAAGGCUGGAAUUGAAGAUGUGUGUGGGCAAUGGAGCCACUACCAAGUGAGAGACAAGUUUAAGAAGUUUGAUCAUCGAUAUUUACGGAAAAUCCUAAUCCGAAAGAACCUGCCAAAAUCAAGCAUUGUUUCUUUGUACAAGAAGCUGGAAAUAAAACAAGCUCUUGAGAUGGUAGAGACUGGUAUCCUAAAUUCUGCAGGCCUUUCCAUAUCCCAUCAGACCCAGAGGAUGCAAGGAAUCAAAAGGCUUUCCCCUGAAGAUGUGGAGGCCAUGAGAAACAUUCUGACAUGCAACAUGUACCAAGUUCGACAGAGGACACUGCCCUACAACAAAUACAACCUCAGACCUGAAACAAUUGAGAACGAGGUUAAAGAGAUCCUGCUUCGUCGCCAGAACACCUUCCAGGAGAGCAUGAGGAAAGGCCACAGCCUGCCAUGGGGAAAGCCGGCUGGUGCCAAAAACAUCCGCUAUCUGUCUUUUCCAUAUAGCAAUCCUCAGCCUGCAAGAAGAGGCAGGAGGGCCGCUGAUUUCAGAGAUAAGGGCAGCAAUAAUUCAGAAUUCUCCUUUGAUGUGUUCACUGCAUACUUUCAAGCAAGUUUUCUUCAAGAAAAACAACUGACAAAAGAAAUAAUCCCAGUGAAAAGUUCAAACAAAGGAGGGAAGCCAUCCAACUUUGUUUAUCAAAGAAGUACAAGCCAAGAAGAGCAUGUUGGUGGAGGCAGAAGGGCAGCCUUAAGACCCAAACCAUUGUUUCAUGCAGAAGAUGACUACUAUGAAUCUGGAGAGGAGAGUGGGGAAGAAGUCACAGCAAUUGGGUCCAGAUGGUCAGCGGAGCACAGACGCAGAAGGGAACACCAUAGGUCCCGCAGUCCUUUGCUCCAAAGAAAAUAG